CGGCCUUCGGUUGAUUACACUACAGUCAUUUCUAUUGGUCGCGCAGUUGCGGCGUAGUAGGCUGCUGCGCGCGCAACCUCGACACGUGACUAGACGAGUAUGUAUGCGGUGCAGUGACGAAAUAACUUUAGUCGAGCUGAUUCUGUUCGUUCGAGUAGGUUGGUGAUAGUGGUUCUUGGUGAACUUAACGAUAAAUCAGGUUUAGAAGGCCUACUUAUUGUUGGUUCAUCAUGAAGGUUGUGGUAGUGUUCUGUUCCAUCUUCGCUGUUUGCGUUGCUUUCGAAUCUUGCUACACUGAUGUGGUUGAGGCGUGCAACAACAAAGGAGGUGCAUCUGAUAUCAAACACUGUGAUGCCAAGUAUGGUGCUGCCAACAUGAUAAUGUAUGACCUACAAAGUUUUGCUAAUGACCACAUUACCCGCAGUUUCCAGUACUUGCUGACGGCGACCCACUUUGACAACUACGAGAAGAACCGCGAGGGCUUCACAAAGCUGUUCCGCAAGCUGUCGGACACAGCCUGGGAGGAUGGAAUCAAGCUCAUCAAAUACAUCACCAAGCGCGGUGGCCAGAUGAACUUUUCGUCGCGCAAGCAGGACAAGCUGCUGGAGAAGGAGAGUGGCACGUAUGAGAUCCACGAGCUGGGCAGCCUGUCGCGCGCCCUGGACGUGGAGAAGUCUCUGGCAGAGGAGGCCCACAACAUCCACAGCGAGGUGAUGCGGCGGCGUGAGAACUACCACGACCCCGAGGUUGGUGCGUACUUGGAAGAUGAAUUCUUGCAUCGCGAAGCAGACAGGAUUCGCGAACUGGCCGGCUAUUUCAACGACCUGGAGCAUCUUGUUGAAGCUAAAGACCCCAGCUUGUCUGUCUUCUUGUUCGACGAGCACUUGAACAGUAUCGUGUGAAUGGUAUACAGUUAGAGCGGUAGUAAAGUAAUCUUGUGUCCACAUGUGUGUGCCUGCCACAUCAUUGUAGUUUAGAAUCGAGCAAAAACAAGUGUUUGUUAAGAUAUGUAAACAUAAAGUUACUGGAAAUAAAUAUUUAAAAUUGCAA